AUGCAGCUCGCUCUGACAUCGGGGGCAGUGGUAGAUGCGGCUGAGGUCGAUCUUGGCGCGGCCGCCAGCACGGUCGACUACGCAUUCGAGGCAGAACGAUACCCCGCAGCACAACACUGCCACCGGGUUGUUGAAGAAGUUGUUGCAGAUGCUGCAGCGCAAACUGCGCACCAUGUUCUUCGACUCGGCCUCGCUCAGACCAAGCUGACUCUGGAUCCGUUGGUCGGCAGACUUGGUGAAAAAUGCACCGCCCGAAACCCUCGACAUGUCCUUCAUGACGGCGAACUCGCCAGCUGA